CUGCUAGGAGGGGGAGACCGACGACAGCCCCAAGUGCGCAACCGCCGCCAUCGUCCUCCUCGCGGCGCGCGCCAAAACCCGCCGGCCGGAUACCCACCCACACCCUCCUCCCUCCCGUACGAGCCGCUGCGGCCGCCGGCUCCCGCAGCGCUCCGAUGGCGCAGGAGGAGAGGGAGCUCCAGGUCCGAGCCCUCGACGGGCGGUCCACCGCCGUAACGCUCGCCGCCGCCGCCUCCGUCCGGGACCUCAAGGUCGCGCUCCGGGGCUCCUUCCCUCCCGCGCAGAUCUCAAGCAACUUCCAUCUCUUCCUCAAGGGUGCUAAACUGCGAUUAGAGGCAGAGAUUGGCAGCCUUGCCACCGGCAAUGGUGAAUUCAUUGUUCUCGUUCCCUUUACACGGAAGUCAGCGCAGAGUUCUUCAGUGGCCAUGCCAGCCGAAGAGCAGAGUGCAAAUCCACCAAUAUCACAGGAAGUGGCGACUGGGGCUAAUUCAGCCUGGCAAGGCAUUAUGGAUGACCUUUCAUCAAUACCGAAUAGCACAAACGUUGAUGAUGUAUUGAAAAAUUUGUAUUCCUCUAGCAUCCCCUGUUCGGGGAGCUAUGCAGAGGAUGGGCCGACAGGUAAAAACCUGUCAACUGGAUGUUCAAGGAAAAGGAGAAAACUGUGCAAGGAAAAUGGAAAUGGUUCCAGUGAUGCACCUGGAGUGGAAGGUGCAUCGAAGCAGCCUAGCAUGAAUAAGAAGAGUAGUUUUGUCAGAUCUGCUGCAUCGUCAUGCCAUGAUAAACACCCCUUAGGGCCUGCCGAAAUGGUUGAGCAUCUGAAAAAUGGCCUUGGAAAGGAGGGGCAGAUUGUACAUAUUGAAGAGAUUCCAUGUAGACGGGCAUCAUAUUCAGAACUUCCUCGUGAUCUUUCAAAAGUUAUGAGGAAAGCACUAGAAAGUAUUGGAAUAUCUAGAUUGUAUAGCCAUCAGUCUGAAGCUAUACAAUCUUCCAUUUCUGGGAAGCAUGUUGCGGUAGCAACUUCAACAUCAAGUGGAAAGUCUUUGUGCUACAAUAUUCCUGUUCUUGAAUCUCUCUCUCAAGACUUGAUGGCGUGUGCUUUAUAUAUAUUUCCGACGAAGGCUUUAGCUCAAGAUCAGUUGAGGACUAUAGUGGAGAUGAAGAAAGCAUUUCACACUGAUAUUAAUGUUAGCAUCUAUGAUGGAGAUACCCCUAGACAAGAUCGUCUCUGGAUCAGGGAUAAUGCACGACUGCUCAUUACCAACCCAGAUAUGCUUCACGUGUCAGUCUUGCCAUGUCACAGUCAAUUCAAAAGGAUCUUGUCAAAUCUCAGGUAUAUUGUCAUUGAUGAAGCUCAUUCAUAUAAAGGAGUAUUUGGCUGCCAUACUGCACUUAUACUUAGAAGAUUGAAGCGCAUUUGUUCAAAUAUUUAUGGCCGUCAUCCUACAUUCACGUUUUGUACAGCUACUUCAGCUAACCCACGUGAGCAUGUUAUGGAGCUGGCCAAAUUGGAUAAUGUCGAGUUGAUUCAGAAUGAUGGAAGUCCGUGUGGUUCUAAAUAUUUUCUCUUGUGGAAUCCCCCAUUACAUAUGAAAAAAGAGGGAGGCUCACGAGGUAGUUCAGUAACUAGACGCUCAAGCCCAAUAGUAGAGGUUUCUUAUCUGUUCUCUGAGAUGGUUCAACAUGGGCUCCGCUGCAUUGCAUUCUGUAAAACAAGGAAGCUAUGUGAGCUCGUUCUGUCUUACACGCGUGAAAUUCUUGAGGUGACUGGAAAAGAAUUGGUAGAUUCUAUCUGUGUAUAUCGUGCUGGCUACAUUGCAGAGGACAGAAGAAAAAUUGAGGCUGACCUCUUUGAGGGAAAACUUCGUGGCGUUGCUGCCACAAAUGCUCUUGAGCUGGGAAUUGAUGUUGGACAUAUUGAUGCAACAUUGCAUCUUGGAUUUCCUGGGAGUGUUGCGAGUUUAUGGCAGCAAGCCGGAAGAUCUGGAAGGAGAGCAAAGCAAUCAUUAGCCAUUUAUGUUGCCUUUGAGGGUCCUUUAGAUCAGUAUUUCAUGAAAUCCCCAGAUAAACUAUUUGGCAAGCCAAUUGAACAUUGCCAAGUUGAUUCACAUAACCCAAAGGUUUUAGGACAGCACAUUGCCUGUGCUGCUUAUGAACAUCCAAUCUGCCUGCAAUAUGAUGAGAAUCAUUUUGGUUCUACUUUGGAUAGUAUAAUGACAACUCUAAAGGACAAAGGUUUUCUGGUCAACAACCCGUCUGAACCUUUUUCUUCAACUAUGUGGAAUUAUAUUGGACCAGAGAAAAAUCCUUCACAGACAAUUAGCAUACGAGCAAUUGAGCAUGACAAGUACAAAGUGAUAGAUAAGUUAAAUAACAGAUUACUUGAGGAAAUUGAGGAAAGUAAGGCAUUUUUCCAGGUGUAUGAGGGCGCUAUUUACAUGCAUCAGGGUGUUAAUUACUUAGUUGAGGAGUUUGAUUUGUCAUCAAGGACAGCUUUCUGCAGGAAAGUUGAUGUGAAGUAUUACACAAAGACACGAGACUACACUGACAUCAAUGUCCUUGGAGGAGAUUUUGCUUAUCUUCCGGCAUUCAAAACCAACCAUUUGAAGACAACUACGCAAGCAAAUAGUUGCAAGGUGUCGACUAAAUGGUUUGGCUUUCAUCGGAUAUGUAAAUCGAGCAGUAAAAUAUUAGACACAGUUGAACUUAGACUACCUCCAUACUCCUAUGAUUCUGAGGCUGUUUGGAUACGAAUUCCACGGUCAGCAAAAAUAGCUGUGGAGGAAAGGAAACUAGAGUUUCGUGGUGGUUCACAUGCUGCUUCACACGCACUCUUGAAUAUAUUGCCUUUGCAUAUGAUGUGUAGUGCUUCUGACCUGGGAACUGAGUGCGUAAAUCCUCAUGAAACCCGUGGUAUGCCUGAAAGAAUUCUUUUAUACGAUAAACACCCAGGUGGUAUCGGCCUGGCAACGCAGGUUAAAAAACUUUUUGGGGAACUUCUGCUUGCUGCUUUAGAGCUUGUUUCAACAUGCAGUUGCGCUAGUGCUUCUGGCUGUCCGAAUUGUAUCCAAUCAUUGACAUGUAGUGAAUAUAAUGAGGUUUUGGACAAGGAGGCGGCGAUUUUGAUCCUGAAGGGAGUGAUUGAACACGAGAGGUCGUAUUUUGAAGUGGAAGAAGCUUCUGAUCGAAGCUGACGUGCGAGCAAGAAUUGAGAUCCGAUUAUACAUCCUCUCUGAUUCACGCGUGCAUGGGAUUUCAAGGCAUUUAGGAACCACCAGCUCCAUGAACUAGUGUUUGUAAAACUCAAGGGCUUCUGUUCGUUAAAGCCUGCAUUUUUUCAUUUCAUUUUUCGGUGGUGGCUGUAAACUAGUGUUUGUAUAACUUUUUUUUUCAAAACAGGCUUUCACCCCGCUUUAUAUAAAGCAACCACCGAAGCAGUA